AUGUCCAACUGCACGAUCGAAACCAAAAGUCGUACAGAUGUGAAGGGUGAUAUGACGCCUCUUGCAGUAGAUCUACAUGCAUCUCCAUCUAAUCGGUUGAUUCGGGCCAUUUUCCUUUGGACUGGCGAGAGGGCAGGCGACUGGAGGGGAGCUGAAGACAUCGCAAAGCGCCUGAGGGAGCGCGGACUUUGGCCAAAAGGAGACACAUUCUUGCCCUCACUGGUCGUGUCUCUCGUAAAGGUGAUCUGGAAGAAUUCGGCAGAAUCCGAAUCAUUCGAGGAGAAAUGUAUGACAUUCUUAAGCGGCUUUUUUCAACCUGUCGACUGUACAGAAGUGCAACUGAUGCGAUGGAUUAAUAAACUGAAGCUCAAACAUCGACUCCAGGAUGAAAACUUCAAGGAAAUUCACAUUUAUAACAACUACCCCCCUUGUUUCAGAUGCUGCACAAUGCUCUUGAAGCCCGAGUAUGAUGUCCUGGUUGGCCGUAUGCGCAUGAGUUACCGUGCCCCGGAAGAGGAGGGCACGGAAUUUCAGAAGCUGAAGGCAAAAAGGAAAGGCGCAUGGCUCUUCCGGCUCAAUAAAGCAGAUAUGGAAGAGCUGGUAAACUCGGCGAUUGAUCGAAAUUGGUGGAAAACAAUGGAACGUCAACAGAAAGUUCACUUACUGUACACCAUCUUCUAUUGGACUGGAGAACAGACACAAGUUAUUAAGAAAGAGAAAGGCCUGAUUGAAUUCUUGAAGAUAUGUAACAUUCGAUGGAAUUGCCGUGUUUUACCUGAGAAAGACAAAUACUUGCCACAUACGACCAUCUGCAUGAUAAAGGUGAAAACAUUUGCCAAUGAGGGAAAUUCAACACUGCUCACUAAGGCGUUUUGGUGUGGCAUUUUCGAUUUCACUGGGAAAUCGAACCACGUUGAAAUGCAGCUGCUAAAGUGGAUCGAGGACAAGAUUCCAUCAAGUGUCCAGAAGAAGAUGGAUCACAGCGAAAUUGGGGACAGUCAAAAGGGAAAAAUGCUGAUGAAGAAUCUAGAAAUUCGAACAUCAUUAGAAACUAAUCAGAAUGCCUUCAAGGAAAUUGAGAAAACCCCAGACGAAAAGACUAUAGAAGGCGCUUUCGGAAAUCCCUUCCAAAUCAGUACAAAUGUAACAGACUCUUUAGAACUUCUGUAUAUGAAGAGGGUUACGCUUUGCCAGUGA